AUGAUAGAUGAUAGUUUGCCACUAUUUAAUAGUAUCAAACUCAAUAAUAGUAGCUCAAUACUAUGUAAUGUUAGCUUUUCAUUAAAAUGGGUUCCCAAUACUGAAUUAUCAAUAGAUUCUUUAGAACAAAUCCUGUCGGAUAUAUCUAAUAGAAAUAAAUAUAAAGAUUAUGAAUUUUCAAUAGACUUUAACUUGGUUUAUACAGAGACUCAAAAAGAAAUAAUCAACAAUGGUUUAUUCAUAAUCAAUACUCAUAAAAACUAUGAAGAAGAAAGUCUUCUGGGGGCAAUUGACAACUUUCGGGAUUAUGAUGAUAAUGAAGAACCACCCACCGCUCAACCUAUUUUCCUAAAGCCAUUUAAAUAUACAACUCUAUAA